AUGUGUGUGUCGAUUUGUGCGUCGUAUCUGUAUCCACACGAUCUGCUUGCGGAAAAGGAUACUGUGCUGGGUUUUUUGGUUCUUCUUUCGUUUUUGCCUCCUCUUGCACUAGCAUCUACUGGUGCAGAAACCUCUUUCAGCUUCUUUCCACUCUCUGUCUUAUCUGAAACUUUGCCUGCUAAAACUUUCAAAGACGCCUGUGUCUCUGUCUGGAUGUGUGUUUUAGUGAGAGUGAGUGUGUGUAAAUUAUCGUCUCAUGGACCUACAUUAACGGGUUUUAUGUCAAACAAUAUUGAGAUGAUUGAAUUGUUUGAAUUUUUUGUAUGA